GCCUGUAGCCCUACGCUAGAGCGUAUAAAGGGACCAUGCCCCCCCUCUGUAUUCUGCUACUAGUUCUCCGUCUAGUGUAACACAAAGAGUCGAUAAAUAAGUUAAGCACCAUGGUCAGAUUGUCUCACCUUGCGGCCAGUCUGGUGGCCCCUACCGUCCUGGCCGGUCCCCUUCCCGGACCCCAGACCAGGACCGAAAGCGAGCUCUCGCCACGCCAGGGAGGUUACUACUUUCAAAACUGGUCUGAAGGCGGCAGCAAUAUUCGCUGCAAUAACGGCGCCGGCGGCUCGUACACGGCCAACUGGAACAGCAAGGGUGGCUUUGUGUGCGGCAAGGGCUGGAGCUACGGAGGCAACCGAGCUAUCAAGUACACGGGCACCUACAACGCCACUGGGCCGGGCUACCUCGCCGUCUACGGCUGGACGCGCAACCCCCUGAUCGAGUACUACAUCAUUGAGGCGCACGCCGACUUGGCGCCCAACGAACCGUGGACGUCCAAGGGGAACUUCACGUUUGAGGAGGGUGACUACGAGGUUUUCACCAGCACGCGCGUCAACAAGCCGUCAAUCGAGGGAACCCGCACCUUCCAGCAGUACUGGUCGGUGCGGAAACAGCAGCGUGUCGGCGGCACCGUCACCACUAAGCGCCACUUUGACGAGUGGGCCAAGCUGGGCAUGAGAUUGGGAAAUCAUGACUAUGUCAUCAUGGCUACCGAGGGGUAUACCGCGAAUGGCGGGCCGGGAAGUAGCGGGUCGUCGAGUAUCACGCUGCAGUAGGCGGUUGAGGG